GACAAAUUUUAGUUUUUCUAUUAACAUGUAGUAACAUAACCAUAAUUUAUCAACUAACAUUAUACUAUAAUGAGAAGGAUAUAUAUACAUAUAUUAAUUGUGCUGUUGCUAGGCUACAGCUGCAAUAGUUUAAGGAUUUACAACAAAGAUGAUAUGAUUAAGUUUAGGGAAGAGGUGAGGUCAAUGUUCUAUCAUGCCUACGAUAGUUAUUUAAAAUUUGCUUAUCCAUAUGAUGAGCUGAGACCAAUAAGCUGUGAUGGGAUUGAUACUUACGGAAGUUAUUCAUUAACUUUAAUAGAUGCACUCGACACAUUAGCCAUCAUGGGCAACUAUACUGAAUUCCGGAGGGUAGUUAAUAUACUCACAAUGAAAGAGAACUUUGAUGCAAAUAUUAAUGUAUCUGUAUUUGAGACUAAUAUUAGGAUAAUUGGUGGGUUAUUAAGUGCCCAUUUACUCUCACAAAAAGCUGGUGUAGAUUUAGAACCAGGAUGGCCAUGUAAUGGGCCUCUGUUGAGAUUAGCUGAAGAUGUUGCCAAACGGCUGGUGGUGGCGUUCGAUACGCCAACGGGAAUGCCCUAUGGUACUGUUAAUCUUAGACACGGUGUGCCGAACGGCGAGACGACCGUCACCUGCACUGCCUGCAUCGGAACGUUUAUUUUGGAAUUCGGCACUUUGAGCAGGCUAACGGGGGAUCCUCUAUAUGAAGAAGUAGCUAUGAACGCGCUGCAUUCGCUCUUCAAUCACAGGUCCCAAAUUGGACUCUUUGGUAAUCAUAUAGAUGUUGCAACAGGCCGUUGGACUGCUCAAGAUGCUGGGAUUGGAAGCGGAGUCGAUUCGUACUUUGAAUAUUUAGUAAAGGGCGCGAUUCUCCUACAAAAGCCAGAAUUAAUGGACAUGUUCUGGGCAGCGCGAAAGGGCAUAGAUAAGCAUAUAAAACACAAUGACUGGUAUCUGUGGGUAUCUAUGACCAAAGGAACUGUGACAUUACCAGUUUUCCAAUCCCUCGAAGCCUAUUGGCCAGGGGUCUUAAGUUUAUUCGGUGAUACAGGAAGUGCGAUGAGGACAUUGCACAACUAUCACCAAGUGUGGAGUCAGUAUGGUUUUACGCCUGAAUUCUACAACAUUCCGCAAUUAGAAGUUGGUGCAAACAGGGAGAAUUACCCGUUGCGCCCAGAGCUUAUAGAAUCUGUGAUGUAUUUAUACCGAGCCACUGGGGAUCCUUAUUUACUUCAAGUCGGGGUCGAUAUUUUAGAAAGUAUUCAAUAUAGUGCCAAAACGCCUUGCGGUUACGCAACCAUAAAAGAUGUUAAAGAUCAUAGGAAAGAGGAUCGCAUGGAAUCGUUUUUCUUAGCCGAAACCACGAAGUAUCUAUACUUGCUCUUCGACACUGACAACUUUAUACAUAAUCAGGGUGGGCAUGGAAAGAUCAUAGAUACGCCCAAUGGGCAAUGCUUGAUUGAAGCUGGCGGAUAUAUCUUCAACACUGAAGCCCAUCCAAUCGAUCCGAGUGCCUUGCACUGCUGCACCCAGACGCCUAAAAUCAACAUCCAAGACUUCACCAAUCAUCAUUCCUUCGAAGGUGUCAGCAUCGAUCAGAUGAAGAAAGAAAAACGCCCGGCGAUGAAAUCGAACCCAAAAGACCCUGUUGCUGAGCCCGAUUUGAACUACAAGCUAGACGAACCCGAAGAUGCGGAUGAAAACUCAGAGCAAUUAUCAAAUUCCACUUUAUACGAGGAUGUCCUGACUUCCUCGUCCCUCAUACCAGAAUUCGUCGAGCAAGUGUUCUCGAAUACCGAAAAGAAAUAUAAUCUUCAAGAAUUGCUAUUGAAAAUCCGCGAGCAAAACACAAUUAGGAACACCAGUUUUUCUAAAGACUAUAAACUUUUGAGUUGCCAGGCGCAGCCGUUUAUGCAGAAGCUCUCGAUUUUCGGCGAAAUGUUUUAAAUUUAAAUUAUUCUUU